AUGAAAGGAAUUACGCACGUUGCCCAAUUGUCACGUUGCCAUCUCCUUCUUCUGGUACUUUUUCUAUCGGGAUGCGCCAACGCGGAGAUCGAGAGACGCACCACGAGACAAAUGGUGGAAGAUGCGCCGGAAAAUAUGGCAACCAAUUUGAACAAAGAUUGCGGGAAGUCGUACAGUGCCACGUGCCUUAAGUUGGACGUGGUGUCCUUCCUGGAUAAAUUGUCGGAGCAGGAGAACAUCGGUAUCCUGCCGGGUGUAUCUGUGAUCAAAGAGAACGGUUCCGCCGAUGUUCCAGCAUCGGAAGUAGUCGCCAAUCUAGCGAGAGACUUCCCGAAUGAUGUUGAGAAGAGGCUGGAUGCCUAUUUGGUUCACAAGGUUGGCAGUUACCUUAAUAGCCACUCGAUCUCCAUCAAACUUUUUGAUCCGAGGACUUUUGAAGCUACCAGGAGCUUCAACGAAGAGACACUUGCGCAACUCGGCCUAGGUGGCAACCAAAAUGUUGAAACAGGCCGUAAAAAAGGCGACAAAGGCUACGGCGGCUUGAUGGCCGGUCUGAUGAUGAUGAAGGGAACCCUUGGCGCGGUUGGAUUCGGUGCCCUUGCGCUCCUCGCCGGAAAAGCUCUGAUGACAGGUCUCAUGGCGCUCAUGUUAUCAGCCAUUAUCGGAUUGAAAUCCUUAACGAGCGGCGGCGACAAGAAAACCACAUAUGAAAUUGUUAGCAAACCAGUAUACUCCAGCUCGCAUACGCACAGUUCGGAGGAACAUCACGGACACGGAUAUGGACACUCCGGAUACGGAAGGUCCCUCGACACCGUCCAUGAAUCUCUUCAGCAGGCCGUGCUGAAAUACGGCAACGCGCACGAUCGUAGAUCGCUUUUGCAGAAUUAAGAUCAUCCAAUCAACUUCGACGAGAUGUUCGCCGGUACAUGAUAAAACCUUUAGCACAUCUCUACCUCACCGAAUUUCCUUCCUCUUUCUUUUACUGUCAUCUUCAAGCACUAUCAAGUUUUCCUGCUAUCUCCUUCCUUCAUUUCCCUCUGUUACCUCGUUUCUCGUCUCUUUCCCCUUCGCCAUCAUGACACCU